AUGUCCUUCUUCGUGCACUCUCCAUUCGAAAUAUCGACAGCCAUCUCCAACCCGACUGGAGAAAUCAUGCCAGGAGAAGAGCUUAUUAUUGAUUUCAAGGCAAUAGAAAUCCAAGCCGAUGCCGACGUAAAGAAAUUGAGACCAGACCAAAGGCGAUGCAGGUAUCCUGAUGAGUGGCUCAGCAAUUCUUUACGGGCAUACAGCUUUAGUCUCUGUCAGAUGCAUUGCCGCAGCAGGAUGGCCGUCAUGUUUUGCGGAUGCAGACCCUACUUCCACGUAAAAGGAGGUACCUAA